AUGGAGGCGCGCCUCCGCACUACUCUGGUCAUCAACCUGACGGCGAUCUUCGAGUGGGCGGACCUUGUGAUCCUGCCGGCGAUGUACGACAACGUGUCGAGGGCGUUCGACGACGCGUCGCCACGCCAAAUGGGCCAGCUUUCCACGGCGCGGGGCGUCGUGCAGGCGCUGUCGUCACCGAUCGGCGGCGCCCUGGGCCACUUCAAUGACCGCAUAUCGAUCAUCGUCGCGGGCUGCGUCAUCUGGGGAGUAAUGACCAUGGUCUUCGGCACGCUGAGCUCCCUGGCCCUGGCUACGCUGGUGUGGAGCCUCAACGGCUUCGGCCAGUCGCUGGUCAUCCCCAACUCCCAGUCCAUCAUCGCGGACUACUACCCGGCCAAGGCGCGCGGCAGGGCCUUCGGCACGAUCUACUUCACGCAGUCCGUGGGGGAGAUUCUGGGCAGCCUAUACGCCGUCAGCCUGGGCUCCCGCCAGGUGGGGCCCGUCGACGGCUGGCGGUUCGUUAUGUUCACCUUUGCCAUUUUCAGCGCCUUGACGGCUUUCGCCAAUUGGGCAUUCGCGCGAGAUCCUCGCGCAUUUGCGAGCCCACCGGGCAGGGAGGGGGUGGAGAUGGGAGAGAUCGGCGAGACGACGGUCGACGAGACGCCGAUCGACGAAGGCGACGGGGAAUCGAAUAAGGAUGCGGAUGACGGCGUCGGCGGGAAGGUCGAGGAGGACAGCCGCGAGGGGGGAAAGGACGGAGAGAACGGGCCGGCGCGGGCGGCCAGGGUGCGCUCGGAGGAGUUGCUGGGUAUGUUCUGGAGCGUGCUGAAGAUCCCCACGUUCUGCAUCAUCAUCCUGCAGGGCGUGGUGGGCAGCAUGCCCUGGAAGGGCCUCAUGGGCUUCUUCAUCCUCUACUUCCAGCUGAUGGGCAUGACCGACGUCCAGGCCUGGCAGGCCUACAGCGCCUUCCUAGUGGGCACCGCCUUCGGCGGCCUACUGGGCGGCUGGGUGGGGGACGCUGCCGCCAAGAUCUCCCCCGACCACGGCCGCAUCCUGGCCUGCCAGUUCAGCGUCCUCUCCGGCCUGCCGCUCACCGCCAUCCUCUUCCGGUGGAUGCCCUCCAACGCGGCCCCGGCCACGGUCGCCGGAUACGUCCUCAUCUGCUUCGUCUACGGCUUGCUCAUCAGCUGGGCGGCUCCCGCGUGCAACAAUCCGAUCUUCGCGGAGAUCGUGCCCGCUGAACGGCGCAGCGUGAUUUAUGCCUUCGAUCGGUGUUUGGAGAACGCCAUCGCGUCGCUGGCCAACAUGUGGGUGGGCGCGGCGUCCGAGGUGUACGGAUUCCAGGGGGGAGCGUCGAGGUCGGGGGACCCGCAGAAGGACGCAGAGAACUCGCGGGCGCUGGGCAUGGCCAUGCUGGUGUUCAGCGUGGUGCCCUGGUCGCUGUGCUUCCUGUUCUACAUGGGCCUGCACUACACCUACCCGCGGGACAAGAGCAGGGUUGCGUCACGAUACACCGCCCUUGCAGCGUCCUGA